GGGGGGGGCUUUACGACCAGUGAGUGGAUCAAUGUCGAUGAGGCUCUCCCUCCCAAAGUACUUCUCAUGUGGAGAAAGCUCCAAUGCAGAAGACGGGCUGAGAUCUGCCAACACAAAUGAUUCAGUCCUGACAUGCACCUCCGGCCUCUUGGAACUCUGUCUAUGGAGAUUGCAACUUGACGGAAAUGCGCUCGGACGGCAUGCGGAGCGAACCCUCUUAGCGUACUCGUUGCUACCUGACUCGAUACCCACGGCGGACGACGACUGUACAUAGACAUUUGCGAGGUUGUAUUCUUUGAGUCGAUCACAGCGCGACAGGCGGCGAUGGCGCUAUGCAUUAAGUAUGAACAACGAGGAAAAAUC